CAGACCGAGGAGGAGCGGCGCGCGUCGACGGGAGGCGCCGUCGACCCCGCCGCGGCGCAGCAGCGCCUCGCGGCGACGGCGGCGGAGCUGGAGUCGGCGCGCAAGGGGCUUGGCGAGAAGAGAGUGGAGGAGCGGCGCCUCAGGGAGGAGCUGGAGCAGGCCAAGAGCAAGCUGGCCGCAGAGCGGACGGCCCAGAAGGAGGAGGCAAAAGAGCUCGACAAGAUGCUCACGCGGCGCAGCGUGCUGCAGACCAAGGCGCAAGAGUUUGCGGACUGCAUCCGCCGCCUCGGCUCGCUGCCCAAGGAGUCGUUUGACGAGUCUCGGCGGGCACUCUCGUCCAAGCAGCUGAUGGGCGAGAUCGAGCAGUGCAACAAGGAGCUGCAGAAGCUCGGCCACGUCAAUAAGAAGGCGCUCGACCAGUUCCAGAGCUUCAACGAGCAGCGCGACAAGCUGAUCGACCGGCGCGACGAGGUGGAGAAGGCGGAGGAGUCGAUUCGCUCGCUCAUCGAACACCUCGACCUCAAGAAGGACGAGGCGACGGAGCGCACGCUCACAGCUGGAGGUGCGAUGGAGCGCACGUUCAAGGGCAUCGCAAAGCACUUCACCGAGGUCUUCCGCGAGCUCACCAUGCAGCAGCUGUCGGGCGGCCAAAAGACAAUGGUCGCCCUCUGCCUCAUCUUCGCCAUCCAGCGGUGCGACCCGGCCCCCUUCUACAUCUUCGACGAGAUCGACGCCAACCUCGACGCGGCGCACCGCUCCUCGCUCGCGCAGAUGAUCGAGCGGCAGGCGUCGCGCGUCAACGAGGAGUCGGGCGACCCCGAGCCGACGCAGUUCAUCACCACCACCUUCCGGCCCGAGCUCAUCCACACGGGCGACAAGUUCUACGGCGUCACGCACCGCAACAAGGCGUCGACCAUCAAGUCGAUCUCCAAGGCGGACGCGCUGCGCAUCAUCUCCGAGGACCAGAACCGGCAGCGGCAGCACGCGUGAGCCCCGGGGGGCGGCGGGGGAGGGGGGGAGGGGCGGGGGGGGCGGCGACCCGGGGCGGCUCGAGGACUCGUCCUCGGGCGGGUGGGUGGGUGGGGGGCAUUGGCAACCCUCCGCUGCUCCCAGCCCUCCGCUGCUCCUAGGGAGUGCAGCGGAGGGACGCGGUCCUUGGCCAACCUCUGCCGGCUCCUUGGGGGGGGGGCGGAGUACUGCAUGUCGCUACGUUGCCGCUUGGCGUGGGGAGAGGCUGCCGCGAGUCCGGGGGUCCGAGAGACGACCUGGGGGCGUGACGAUCUCGCGGGUCGUACAUGGUCCCCUGGAGGCCACUCCCGUGCCACUCGAAGGGUCUUGUGGGGAAAUGACUACUACGUACGUAUGCCGUGUCACAGCCGAUGUGCGAGUGUGUGACAAAGGAGCGCAUAUACAACUGCAAAAGAAAUCGU